GAGGUAGUAAAUCAAACCAAACCAAGAUAAACCUGCUGCCAUCAACGCCGCACUGAAAUUCAUUUCUUGCCUUAUGAGUUCAUGCUUAUUUUAAAGAAAAAUUACGUACACAAAAUUCUAGUGCAAACAGUAUCCAUGGUAGUAAAAAAUCUUUGAUACAAAGAUGGAAAAACUAAAAAUCUAUUUCUUCCUGACAACAAUACUCGUGGUUGCAGCCAGAAACAUCCCAAUGAAUGAAGAGACCGCAAAAGCGCAACUGAUCAACGUUAUCGACGAUCAUUGCAAGCUAAUCCACAUUGACAAGAAGUCCAUCAAUCAGUUGAUAAACUACUUCCAUAUGAAAGAGGACAUCGAUAACAUAACAGCAUGUGACUUAGCCUGUGAUGCCUACGGGACUAGUAAGAAUGAGUUGGCGGAAGUUAUUUUGAAAUCAGACGGUGAUUUGUUUUACGCCAUCAAGCGCAUCAACAGUUUGUUUAACACCGAACUUCUGCAAUUGCAAAACGACAUAAUCACAAUAAACAUAUACGGAUUCAACAGCAUUAGUCAGAAGACGGCGAAUUACAGUGUAGAACAAUUCGGGGAAAAAAUAAAGUAGCGGCAUACAUGCUGAAAAACUUGCUAGAUGUGCAGAACAGAACCAAUUACCCAGUGCUCAAGGAACACAUUUCAAGGAUUCAGAUACCAGCGGAAGAGAUACUCCUGACAUUACUACCGACCAUUGACAGUUAUCAUAAGUUUAUGAGAGAUAAUGAAAUGCGAGACGAGAUUGAUUAUGAAGAACAUGAAUAUCACUAUGAUGAUGAGUUUACUCUUUUCGAUGAACAAUUGACUAAUAAUAAAAGCGAGUCUCCAGUCCCCGACACCACAUCAGAAAAAGCUACCGAUACAACUGCAGGUAAAAUCGAAAGCAAAAUUGAGCUAGAAACUACAUUACCUAAAGAAACUACGACUGAAAAAGUUGUUACUAUAGUAACAACUGAAAAAGUGCUUGUAGAAACUAAGAAUGACUCAGAUGAAGACCAGCCAAGAUUGAUUGAUCAAUUUAUAAACAGCGAUUUGCCAAUAGAGAAACUCAAAGAAGAACUAGAAAAAACCAACCAGGAAGAAAAUCGAGGCCGCAUUGAUGCAAAUAAAGGUAGGGCUAGAGAAAUACCAAAUGAUAACCUUGAACUAAAAGGCCUUUAUGAUGCCGACGAUCUUGACUAUGCAGGUAUUCGCAAUGUUGGACGCGCCCGACUUGAACAAGACGCAGCGAGGAAUGCUUAUGCUAAUAAAGACGAUGAUUACGAUUAUAAAAACUAUCAUAUUAAUACUCGCGACAUGGACUAUUCUGAAUCCGAGGAAUCCAAAGAAGACGGAGAUGGUCGCAACGCCAAACCUACUGAAACAAAACCUGAGCCAAAACCGUCGGAAAACAAAAACGAAAGCAGCAAACCAAAACCAAAUAAUAAUCCCCAAACACCCACAACCCACAAGCCCAAGGAAAGUGAAGAAUCUGAUGAAACCGUUCAAGGACGUGAUUUUGCCGUAUCCGAUGAAUCGGAUGAAACGCCCGGGUCCCGGGACUUCUUCGUUCCUUACGAAUCCGAAGAAGAUGAUUUUGACAGCAUCGACCAGAAAAGCGGAAAUAGCAAACCCGGCGGAUUCUUCUCACUCAUGACCAAUCCCAUUAAAAAAGGAUUGGCAGGAGUGCUUAAGUUUGGACGUAAAGCAGCCGGGAGUAUGUUUGACGGAGUUAACAAGUUGGCCGUGUCGGUAAUCACAAAGCCAGAUAAUUGGUUCGAACGCGUGAUGAAUUAUCCGAAAAAUUUUGCUGUACUUCGAAUGAUUGAUAGCAUCCACCUAGGAAAGAAAUGGAUGCACAAUGUGCUCAAUCCGAUGAUUGAUGCUCUAGAGGGCAAGGAAGAUGAUUCACGAGGAAUGAAUCCUUUCACAGCGUUUACAAAUCCCAUUAAAAACUCUAUUAGGUCAUUUGUUCGAGGCAUUGGAAACAACAUAAUAAAUUCGGUCGGAAAGAUUCCAUUCGUAGGCAAUAUAGUUGCUCAGGGAGUGAACACGACUGUGCUAUUUUUGAAGGAUUCUUAAAUAGAAUGAUGCCUUAGUUAAGUACAGAAGUACUCGCUUAAAAAUAUUGAUAUUUCUGUUUAAAAAUAACCAAAAUAAAUUUAAUCUCAAAUUGAAAA